AUGACGGAUGUAAUAGCUGAAAAAAAUAAAAGUUAUGAUAUAAGUAAUACAUACGAACCUAAAUAUCCCGAAGAAAAUGAAGCCAAUGAAAAUACCAAAGUUGAUAUAACACAUGAAAAAUAUAUAAUAUGGAGAAGAAAUACCCCAUUUUUAUAUAGUUCCCUUUUAAAGCAUAAAUUAGAUUGGCCUUCGUUAACUGUUGAAUUUAUAGGGGUUGAGAAUUCUUUUAAAUCAAAAACCGGAUAUUUUACUAAUAAAAUAUUAUUAGGUACACACACAUCCAAUCAAGAUUCGGAAUAUGUAUAUAUAGGUGAAACAAAAUCUCCAUUAUAUUCAGCUAAAGAAGAUGUAUUACAAUAUGAAAAUUAUACUGGGUUUAUAAAUAAUAAAAAAAAAAAAAGAGGUCAUCCAUUACCGUCUUUUGAAAUUAAAGCAAAAUUAUUACAUCCAGGAGAAGUUAUAAGAGCAACACAUUUACCAAAUAAUUCUUUUUUUAUUGUUACACAAACUUAUAAUGGAAAUAUAUUAUUAUUUGAUUAUACAAAGCAUCCUUCUUUCCCUUCCGAUAUAGCUACCUGCUACCCACAAAUGAUAUUAAAAGGGCAUGGAAGUGAAGGUAGUGGGUUAUGUUGGAAUAUAAAUAAAAUAUAUGAUAACAAUAUCGGGGAUAGUAAGAAUGCAAAGAAUAACAUAAAAGACAAUGAAAAUGAUACUGAAAACACAAAUGAUGAAAGUUUUGGUGAAAUAAAUACAAGUAAUUUACUAUUAGCUUCAUGUGCUUCAGAUGGAAAUAUAUGUCUUUGGGAUAUUAAUAAGGGAACAAAAAGUAAUGAAGUUCCCAGAACAUAUGGAAUAAAUAAAGUAGGAAAAGGUGCAGAUUAUAAUAUAAAAAUAUAUGAAAAUACUCCGACUUUAAGCCCUUUAUGUACAUGGAUAAAUAAAAAUGAAGAAACAACAUUAAAUGAUAUUUUUUUUCAUUCAAAAUUUAAUAAUAUUCUUGGUGUAUGUGAUGAUAAUGGGUAUAUGAGUAUAUAUGAUAUAAGAAAAAAAAAUUUUUUUACAAGACCAGAAAUUAGUUAUAAAGAUCAUGAUCAGCCAAUGAAUACUUUUUCAUUUGAUAAUUUUUCUGAAUAUAUUUUUGCUAGUGGAUAUAGUGACGGUUUAAUAUCUAUUUGGGAUAUGAGAUACAAUAAAGAAUCAUUACUUAAAAUUGAUUAUCACACACAAAGUAUUAACAGAAUUAAAUUUUGCCUGAUGCAGUCAGGUAUUUUUGGAACAUGUUCAGAUGACGGAACUGCGUGUAUUUGGGACAUGUCCAGAAAUUCAGAAAGUUAUGAGCAAAUAAAAAAAUUAGAAGAUGAUAUUUAUAACAACCCUAAAAAAAUCCCUAAGCAAUUAUUGUUUGUACAUGGGGGUCAUAUUGGAAGUGUAUAUGACAUGUCUUGGGCAAACACCACCACAUUACUCGCCGCUACAGUUGGUGUUGACAAUUCUUUGCAAGUAUGGAAUAUGAAUGAACAGUUCAUGUUUCAGUGA